AUGGACUUGAUCAUCAAGGUGUCCCAGGCCCAUGGCCUCGUCUCGCUCAAGAAGCUUCGCGCCGUGACGCACCCGUACGUCUUCAUUCGCCAUGAUCGCCACACGAAGAAGUCGCUCGUGCACAAGAAGGGCAUGGCGGCGCCCGUGUGGAACGUCGAAGCGCGCUUCCUCGCCGUCGCGUACGCGCCUCCCAUCGAGAUCCACUUCGAGGUCUUUGACGAGGGCAAGUGGGGCCUUGGCGACAUGCUCAUCGGCACGACGGUGCUCACGCUGCCACCGGAUGCGACGUUCCUCGAGGGCUGGUUCCCGAUUUACGCCCACGACACCAUGACGGGCCAUGUCUUUGUGCGCUGUGACUGCCUUCGCCACGCGCCGCCAACGCCCGAGACGAGCACACUGUCUGCGGUGCUUGUCGAGAAGCAUCGGCCAAGCUUGACGUCGUCGUCGGAGGCAACCUUGCCGCUGCUGCAACGUGAUGGGCUGCGCAGCCCGAAGCGCAGCAGCAGCUCGCUCUCGAGCGUUAGCUCGGUGGGCCCUCUGCUUUCGCAUCGCGGGUCGCUCAUCCCGCUUGACACGCCUUGGAUCGAGCCAAGCGAGCUAUUCGUGAGCGGCAACAUUGGCACUGGAGCCUUUGGCGCUGUCGAGCGAGGCCGGUAUCGCGACCACGACGUCGCCAUCAAGACGUUCCACGCGAGUCUCUCGAGCGACAAUACCGCCUUUGAGAAGGAGGUGCAGAUCAUGUACCGGCUCAACUCGGAGUAUACAGUGCGGCUCUUUGGCAUCUCGCAGACGGCGCGAGGCCAGCCAAGCAUCGUGAUGGAAUUCAUGGACGGCGGCAACCUCCGGCAGUACCUCGACGCGGCCAAGCGCCAGCCACACCAUGAUGUGAACGCGAUGCUCUUUAUCGCGCUCGGUAUUGCCAACGGACUGGUGUAUUUGCACAAGCACCGUAUUCUGCACCGCGACCUCAAGCCGCUCAACGUUCUUCUCAACAGCAAAGGCGAGGUCAAGCUCGCCGACUUUGGCAUCUCGCGCGAAGAUGCGACGACCAACAUGACGGCCGGCAUUGGCACGUGGCUCUGGAUGGCGCCCGAGGUCUUUGACGACUGCGACUAUGGCGUCGAAGCCGACAUUUACUCGUUUGGCGUCAUUCUCACCGAGCUCGACACGCUCCAGCGACCGUAUGUGGAUGUCAAAGGCGGUCCGUUUCGACUCCAAGAGCAAAUCCGCAAUGGCACGCUGCGCCCGAGUAUGCGCCACGAUUGCCCAAUGUGGUACCAACAGCUGGCUGCCGACUGCAUGGCGGCCGACCCCGUUGACCGACCGACGGCUGCCAAAGUGGCCAAGACGCUUCGCCAGCACAUGGGCCGGCCUUGAUAUAGUAUUUACACGUCGGAUGUGCUACUCGACGAGUUGCGACAUCGUGGACUUCUCUUUAACGUUAAAUGUCAUGUUGAAUCCGUCU